CGACCGUAUUUCCCGGAGCGCUAGUCACUACGUUUGCUUGUACUGUGAAUUUUGAAAAUGCUUUGACAUUUUUUAUUUAUUAUUUCUUUCUAAAUUAGUGGCUUAUCUGCCACUCGUAAGCAUGGCACUGCAAAGACUAAACCAAGAAUAUGCUUUGGAGGAAAGGAGAAGGUUUUUCAUAGCAGCUAAAACAGAAGGCGACUGGGACGAUGAGGACCGUGUCGAUCACCAUCAACUUAUUUUAUUCAAAGCUGAAGCUUUAGCGUCAGAAAACCGUCUGAAAGACGCUGUCGAUAUGUUUGCCAUGGCUCUCCGGAAUGGCCCGGUUCGGCCUGACCAACUGAGCACUUUAGUAGGAUGCGUUCUGCGCAACUUCAAGACGAAAUCGAGGGAAGAGUCGCUUCCAAAGAGUGAGCCCGAAUGGACAAAUGAAUUUGACUGCCCCGGUUGUCAUAGUUUUAUAGGCGAGCCUGUGACGGUGAUCUGUGGACAUUCGUAUUGUAGAAGAUGUUUACAACAUAACGCUUUCUCCAAAUGUAAACUUUGCAGUGAGGACAUCACGAUGAGGCCCGGGGAACCCCGACUCAACGUAAUUUUAUGUGGACUUUUAGAGAAGUGGUUUCCCAAAGACGUUCAAAGGACGAGAUGCCUAGGAGAAGCCGAAAGCCUGUUGAGGAGUAAACAGUACGACAAGGCUAUUGCACUAACAAGUAAAUUAUUAGAAUCUGACAUUAGUAAUGUGUGGGUGCGAGCUUGUCAUGCUGAGGCUCACAGAGGACUUAAGCAGUACCAUCAGGCUUUGGAAGACUGGGAGACUUGUCUUAGUGCUACUCCAUCCCCAGAGGGAUAUUUCUGCAAAGCAAAGAUUCUCCAAGAGAUGGGUCAUGUAGAUGAAUCUCUGCAAGUCUUCCUACAGUGUUUGGCAAUAGAUGAAAACUUCCACCAUGCUAAACAAGAGGUGGAAUUGAUCUUGCAUGACCUGUUAUCUCCAGCCUGUGAGAAUGUCAAGGUGGGUUUGAAAGAGACAGCCCAGACUACCUCCCCUCACCUGCGCUGUAAAACCCUGGCAGCCGAGGGCCAGGACCAAAAUCAGUACACAAAAAUGCAAGUCCAUCGGUCGGCAUCCGCCCAACCGCCCCCUGAAAACUCAGAGAAAUCAGAUCGAUGUGAAAGUUUAGAGCACUCUGGCCUGAGCAGAGCUCACUCCCUUCGUGCUCACGGGAUGGUUGGGGCUGUAGAGGAGGGGCUUAAAAGAGUUAGAUCCGCCCCCCAGUUGGGUGACCCAGAAAAAGGGGCGCUAUUGAAGAGGAAGCUUUCUGUGUCUGAAGCAGGGCCUGGCGUGGCUUACAGCCAUGGCAGUAAACAUAAAAAGCAUUUAGUGACUGCCUGCGCUGCUACUCCUGUGGUGACCAAGAAAACCAAGUCCCAUCGAACCCUGCCAAAACACCUGCUGGACCCAAAUGAUUUUGAAUGCUCCCUCUGCAUGAGAUUGUUCUAUCAGCCCGUCACAACACCCUGUGGUCACACCUUCUGUAAAAACUGUCUGGAGCGCUGUCUAGACCACAACCCCCAGUGCCCUCUAUGCAAAGAAAGUCUCAAAGAGUAUCUUGCCUUUAGAAAGUACACAAUCACACGAGUGCUGGACAACAUCAUUAAGCAGUAUCUAUCUGAGGAACAUUCAGAGAGAUUGAAACUGCACACGGAUGAAACAAAAGAGCUCUCUGAUUUAACAAAGAAUGUUCCCAUCUUUGUCUGUACCAUGGCCUACCCCACUGUGCCUUGCCCCCUCCAUGUGUUUGAGCCACGGUACCGUCUUAUGAUCCGACGCUGCAUGGAAACUGGCACACGUCAGUUCGGCAUGUGCAUCAACGACCCCCAGAAAGGGUUUGUGGACUACGGCUGCAUGCUCCAGAUUCGCAGUGUACAUUUCCUCCCAGACGGACGCUCUAUCGUGGAUACAGUUGGUGGGAAGAGAUUUCGCGUUCUCUCGCGUGGAAUGAAAGACGGAUAUUGUAUCGCCAACAUUGAAUAUCUUAAGGAUAUGAAGGUAAAUGACGAGGAAGAACUGGAGAAACUACAAGUUUUGCAUGAUCAGGUGUAUGACCAGGCCCGCAAAUGGUUCCAGAACCUGGAGAACCGUUUCCGGAACCAGAUCCUCCAGCAUUUUGGCCCAAUGCCUGAGAGAGAGGCUGACAUCCAGGUCACACCCAAUGGUCCAGCAUGCUGUUGGUGGCUGCUAGCUGUUCUUCCUGUCGAUCCUCGUUACCAGCUGUCUGUCCUGUCCAUGACAACUCUAAAAGAACGACUAGUCAAGAUCCAACACAUCCUUACCUACCUGCAGAACCUCCCCAGUGACUAGAGCUUCCUUACAUACACACACACACGUUGGAUUCAAGAACUGAUGAGAUUCCAAGGAGACUCGACUGAAACCCUGCAUAGGCUUCCAUCUGGGGUCAGAUGUUACUCAUGCCAAGAGUUUUAAGAAUAAAGUGUUUUUCAUGGUGUCAUACUGAUCUGUUCAUCACCACCACCUCAAAGAGCAUUGUUAUAAAGGAAUUUUCCACCAAAAAUUACAGUUCUCUCAUAUCCUCAUUUGCCCAAGUCCCCAUGUACUUUUAUUGUAUGGAAAAUAGCGACCAGGACAUUAACACAACUACUUUUGUGUCACACUGAAGAAAAGUCAAACAGGUUUGGAUUGACAUGAGGGUAAAUGAUGACAGAAUUUUAAUUUCAUGGUGACAUUCCUUUAAGAGUAUUUAUAUGUUUGUUGAACACUGAUUUGAGAUGAGUGUUAGACAACAUCCCCUCCUAUUGUAUUUAUUAUGCCAGUCAAACAACCUGUCAGAUCUCCUUUCGGUUAAACGGUCAACUUAAAUAUUAUAUAGCUUGUUUUCUUUUGAUGCUCAAAGCCUCCAUACAGUGCUUUGAAGGCAGAAAUGUUGCUGGAGAGCAUUCCAACAUUUAAGACAUGAUCAUGUCAUGUUUUGUGUGUUGGAAUAGACUGGAAGCAUCUUCAGAGACAAAAUCUUUUAUGAUGAUUUUUGGGCAACAAGGUAGAGGGCAAGACAUUUUUGGCAUCUUACUAAAUCUUCAUUUCUUAAAACUCUGGAUAAACGAAAGGCAGAUAUCUCACUUCAGAGCGUCCAGCCAAGCUUUCUGUCACUAUAAUUGUGGGUUUGCUUUGGUUCUUGGCUGAUCAAAAAAACAAAAGAUCAAUAUUGUAAGUGUCUCUGUCAAAUCCACUACAACUUGUCAAUUUUAAGGCAAAGUUGUGUUAUCAAUAUGUUUAACUGUGUUUGUACGAAAUAAAUUGUAAAGGGAAACUUGCAAUAUUUUGACUGAUGGAUCAGAACAGUCUAUUGUUGCCUGCAACCAGCAUCAUACUGCUAGGAGAUCCAGCAAGCAUUCUGAAAAUUGACUGUUGAAUGCGAAUUGUCUUUAGCUCAUACAUGUGUCAUGCUUGUGUGCAGAAUAACUUUUGCCUUAAAAUACCUAGUUGCAUUCUGCUCUCAUAGUAUAAUGCAUCGGCUUGGGUUUUUGCAUUCCGGAGAAAUAAAUCUGUUUUGAUUUACUUAAUUUGCCUCUUGGCCAAAUCCUUUUCAGUGUGUAAAAUAUGUCAAAUAAUGGCUUUAUGUAAAUCAUUUUGUUUUGAGGAAGAACUUUUUUUUUUUUUUUUUUUUUAAUUCUCUUUGCUCAAAUAUUUAAUUUGUCAACUUUCAAAUAAAAUGCACUUUUGUUUUCA